AUGGCUGGCCAGCGCCACGAUGAAGCGCGCCCACGCAGAAGGCGCGUCACCCGCUUCAGCGACGACAACGACAGCGACGCCGACGCGGAGGACCCCGGCUGGCAGACCCCCGAGAUACCCCUCACCGAGUGGCCACCUGCCGGCAUGUCGCCCGACCAGGAGCUGUCGCGCGAGCAGGCCAUCGCGCUCAUCGCCCGCGGCGCCCCGUCCCACAAGGGCUACCUACGCGCCGUCCCGCACGUCUCCAGCGACUUUUACGCCCUCUACGCCGCGUCCUCGGGCAACGACCGCGGCGCCGCCCGCGAGCUUGAGGUCGGCGCCGAGCCGGCCACGGACCGCGCAAACCUCCACGACGCCAUGGUGCAGCUCAUGACGCUGCGCAUGGCCGGACCCGGCGAGAUCAACGCUCCCUGGAGCACCCUCGAGCAGCCUAGCUGCGCCUUUCGUUUCGGAGCCCGGCCCGGUACCAUCACGCUCAACCACUGGGCCUCCAUGGCCAGCGCGCUCCCGGAGAGCAUCGGGCUACGCGACUCGGGUGUCGUCCCGCGGCCCCUCACGCUCGAGGAGGUGUUUGGGCGGCUGCGCGAGCUGCACGCUGACGGGCUCGAGGACCUGGACGAGGGGGCCCUGUCUCGCGCGCUGUACAAGAAGGUCCUGCGCGACCCCAUACUGAGCCCGCGGAAGACCCUGGAGAAGCAGAUCACGGACCUCAUCAUGGUGCUGUCGCGGCCGGAGUGGAUCGACUUUACGAACCCAAAGAACCAGGUCGUCACGCGCUUCAUCUUCAACCCCUACCCCGAGGACCACGACCGGUACCUCGCCUUCUUCCACCAGCUGCUGCUCAGCGUGGAGCUCCACGUGCGCAUACACAACAGGCAGCACAGCGACUACGCAAAGGGUAAACUUGUGCAGCAGAUCCCUCCCACCAUACAAUGGAACCUGGCGCUGGCGUGGCGCUGGAGCCACUACGUCCGUGUCAAGAGCUACGGGCCGAGCGUAGACGACAUCCAACUACGCUUCAGGCUGCGCAAGCGGCAGGUCCACAUGCUCCAGAAGUUCGUCAUGACACUCAAGUGGCCGAACCUGCGCGCGACGCUCGAGGCGCUGCGGGAAUCGGAGGACGAAUUGGCGCGCGACCCCGUCAGCUCCGACGCGUACGCCUUCUUCAGCGGGCUGGUGCUGCCCGGGCCGACCUUUCCCUUCCUCAUCAUGAACGCGCUCGUCGACACGGACCCGGACGACGCGACCGACGAGCUGGCGCUGCUGUCGCACGUGCAUCCCAGCUGCGGCUUCCAGUACCGCGGGAGCAAUACGUACUGGACGGCCACGUGCAUCGUCGGGCGCGUGCUGGCGCCCACGUGCCGCGAGCUGGCCGGCUGGGUCGGUCCGGCGUGCCCAACCGCGGACCUUGGGCGGUCCCAGAUCGCGCGGAUCCGCGCGCGCCGGCCGCCGCGCGGCCCCCCGCUACGGCGCGAGGACGUGCAGAGCAUGGGCGAACGGUCGGACCCGCUGGGCCCGCCGGCCAAGGUGUACCCGGUCGACGAGUACGAGCUGGUGAUGCCGGGGUCGAGUGGUCUCAGCCAGGCGGACACGGCGCGCGUGGAGCUGCUGUCGCUGCGAGAGGUGCCGCCGGUGGACCCGCCGCCACCGCCGGGACCGGGACCGGUGGGGCCGAAGGUGUUUGACGCGACGGUGCAGGUUGCGGUGGACGGCGUGUCGUGGCCGCUGCGGCUGACGUACGACGUGUGGUUCAUCAACGCGUGGCCGUGCUCCGAGGCGCCGCACCCACUGUUCUUCGACUACGCCUACCAGCGCGUCUGCGCGGACGAGGUGCUAGGCGUGCGGGACUGGGGCCGCGCGCACGCUGACGGCAGAGGCAGCAGCGCGCGGUCGACGCCGAUGCCCACGCUACAGGGCGAGGACGGCGGCAUCCAGCAGCGGGACGAGGAGGAGGUGCUGGUGGUGGAGGCGUUUGGUGUGCCGGACCACGAGGUGCUGGUGAGGGCGUGGUGCGCGCACUGGGGGUUGAGUGCGGUGGUGGCCGACGUGAGCAAGACCUGUAUGGCUUGUGCAAUUCGCGAGUGCUACGCGGCUGCGUUGACGGUGCUGAUCUUGGUGGACGACGCGAGCAACGCUGGCCGCAAGGACGACUGA